AUGGUCACGGGAGAAAGUGACCAAGAAGCAAUCAAUUACACUUUUGAAGCAGUUGUUGCCAGAUUCAUGAAUGGUAUUUUUGCUAAAAAUGCUGUUUAUGCUCUUAUCCAACUUAGAGAUACUCUUGAGUUUGAUAAAAGCAUUCCCACCCUUGACAAAGAUGGUCUGAGCAGAUCUAUCACACUGAUUUCUUCAUCUAUUUCCCUUGAUAAAGGCAUUAUUUACGGUCGUUUUGAUACUAACUCUGACAGCACACGGGCUUAUUUUGACAGUAAGCGUCAUGAGAUUUUUUUUUCCUCUGUCAAAAAUAAAAAUCUAAAGCCUACUCAUGAUGUUGAAAAAGUAAAAGAAGCAAGUUUUCAGAAACAAAUACAGAGACAGCUGAAGCCAAGCGUCCAAAAUAAAAUGAAUGCAUCUUCUGUGGAGAUAACAAACACAACCGCAGAAAUUGUACGCUUUUAA